AUGGCACCUCCAGAGCAGUCUUGGGUUCCCCCCAAUCGUCCCGCAGGGGUUCCAACCACGACCCCAAACGUCGCCCCCGCUACAUCCACCCCAGCACGGCGAUACGGCAAGAUCCAAGACGAAGGGGCUAUUCGACAACGAUGGAUCGAAGACCCCACAGACUCUACAUGCAAAAUCCAGCCCAGCACGCUGACAGUAGACGACCUUGUAAUGGCACGCUGGUACAUUCGUACCUACCGUAAUAACAUCCCAUUCCAGGUUGCGGAGAAUGCCCUCGCACUAGGAUAUACCAAUGAUGCGGUAUACAACCAGGUACUAACGCAGAGUUAUGCAGGGGGAUUGAUCAUCGCCGAGGGGAUGUUCAGAAGUGACGGGCCUCAGUUUUCUCAGAUUGUCCGAGCUCAUAUGCAGGAGGUCGCCGAGCCUCAGAGUCUGCGGCACUUCUAUGUUUGUGAUAUCGUCAAUAUUGACACUAAGAAGUUCGUGGAGAGGGUUCUUUAUUCCUCGCGAAAUGGUCUCACCUGGCCUCCGGUUUGUACAGCACCGUUAAGCUGGGAGUAUAAUACACCCGAGUAUCAAGGUCUUCUGGGUACGCGUGUUGGGAAGUGCGCGGUGUAUCUGGUUCUGGAGAUCUUUCCUAGAGGUACGUAUUAUAUUGCUCGGAUUGUGACUUGGGAUGUAAAUUGUUCAAUUGUGAUUCGGUUUGAUAUCGAACCUAUUCCUGAUUUGGGCUCUACUGAUUGA